GUUUGUAAAUUACCAAGAUGGCGUCCACUUUGAGGCGUUCCACAAUGGAUGUGAUGAUAAAAAACUACGUUGAUAAGGCUCAGGGCAAGUCACCGUCGACAUGCGAGGAGAAUUUGAGCAACCUUGAAUACAGCCAUUCCAUAAUGAAAACGCUGAACAAGUACCGCCAGGCAGAAACGUUUUGCGAUGUAUGUUUGUUGGUCGAGGAAGGCGAGAUGCUUGCGCACAGAAAUGUACUUGCUGCCAGCAGUCCGUACUUUGAACGACUUCUCAAUUCGACCAUGAAGGAAAGAGAACAGUACAAAAUACGUUUAAACGGUAUGAAUGUGAAAGUACUGAAAGAUGUUCUCGACUACAUUUAUAUCGGUGAUAUAGUUUUAUCUGCUGAAAAGAGUUUUGAUCUGAUCAUUGCUGCCGACUACCUGAUGCUUGGGAGACUGAAGAAUUUAGCAGAGAAUCAUUUUCUAAACGAGCACUUGAAUUUUGAUAACUGCUUGUCCACUUGGAUUUUUGCUGAUCGGUACCAGUGUCAGAGGCUGCAAGCCAAAGCAAAGGAACUGGUUUUGGCAAGCUUCUUUAGUAUAACAAACAGUAAAGGUUUUCUGAGUUUGGAUGUGAGUUAUAUCAUUGAACUAUUAGGAAGCGAGGGACUUGCAGCCAGUGAUUGUGAAGCUAUUGAUGCAGCUUUGAAAUGGAUCGAUCACAACUCCUUGUUAAGGGCGAAACAUUUGGACCAGUUAAUUAACUACAUAGAUUUAACCUGUCUGCCUGAUGGUUAUAUCUCGACAGUUAUUUCUAGUCGUGAGUAUGCAAAAAGUAGCAAUAUCCUAAAAAGAGCAGUCCAAAGCAUUAAUGUCAUGGCUAUAAAUAGUGAUGAUCUGGCAAGCCAAGGGGAGCCAGUUGGUUAUCAUGGUAACAAGGCUAUAUUGGUUGUCGGUGGUUGGGAACGUGGAAAAGGUGGCACAGCUGGUGUUUUUUGCUUCUUUCCUUCGCUUAAUAAGUGGUGUUUGUUAAAGAACAUGAACAUAGCUCGUUAUCGCCAUGGUAUUGCCGUGCAUGGUCAUGUCGUUUAUGCUGUUGGUGGAAGCCUUGCAGCUGAUGACUCGUGUAUUGAAUGUCUCAACUUGAACCAGCCUGGGCUGCCUUGGAAACGAUUGUUACCAAUGUGCAGUGGUCAUAUUGGGGUAGCGGUUGCAUUCCUGAAGGAUUACCUGUACAUCUCAGGUGGGUUCUGUGGCAAGACCCUCAACACAGUGCAACGUUACAGCCCAGCCAUCAACAACUGGGAGACAUUAUCUCCAAUGAUGCAAGCUAGAGAGGGUCACUGUCUGAUUGCAUGUGGCAACUUUGUUUAUGCCAUUGGUGGGUGUUGUGGACAAGACAAUUCUGAAGUCUUGAAGGGUGUUGAGCGAUAUGAUCCCUUGUGUGAUUCCUGGUUUCCUGUAAUGCCUAUGAAGACUCAGCGGUACGGAGCAUGCGGUGUUGAGCUUAACCAAAAGAUUUACGUGUUUGGCGGUCAGCUCAAUGUUUACACUGAGGGCCCAACUAUUCAGACAAAUUUCCGAACCUGUGAAGUGUAUUGCCCGAAGAUUAACCAGUGGAACACAAUUGCCGAGUUGAACAUCGCAAGGCUAAGGUCGUGUGCUGCAGCCGUGGGCCAUCGUAUCUAUGUGUUUGGAGGUUAUCUUCAUGGUAGUUAUUUGGACAGCGUUGAAUGCUAUGAUUCCAGGAAAGGUACUUGGACUAUCACCAGCACUGUGUGUAUGCCGUCAAGGUUGGAAGGUGCGGCAUGCUGUGCUGUGCAGUUGAAAGGGGAGAUCUUUGCAACGCUUUUACCAAUGAUCGCAGACAAAGGAAAUUAGGGGCCUUGUUGAUGAACUGUAUUGCAGGAUAAAAACUAUGUAAAUAUGUUUAUAGAUUGGUUUGACUUGUUAUGAUGGAAGGCUUUUUCAAUUUUGUCAACUCUCUUACAACAAAUCUUACAACUAUUAUUUACUUGUGUAUAUAUUACUUGUGUAUAUAUUAAAA